GUCAGAUCUUUCAGAGUGCACCAGGCUGGAACAAGCAGAGCUUCUUAGCAACUCUCUUCGUUCGCCCUCCCCAUUCUCGCGCUCUCUUCCUCCCUCAGACAACUCGCCCCCCGCCCUCCGCCCCCUCCACGUAAUUCCGAAAGAGCAGAAGCAAGAGAAGGAGAACAAGAAACAAGCUAGUAGCCGAGAUCCAGAGCCCAGGGAGGGGGGGAAAGGCUUAGAGGACUGAAGGGAAGGAAACGAAAAGGAUGGACAGCUACAAAACGCGGCGAUUGCGGAAAUUUUCCAGCGCCAUUGGCUCGGCAGCGUGAGUCCUUCUGUCGGGCGUGAUUUCAGCACCGGGGGGACUGGACAGCACCUCGGGGGGGACUUCUGGGCAACCCACAGCUACAGCAAGAACUCCAUCAGCAGCCUCAACAACAGAAGCCGCGGAAAGCCCUGCUUUGUAUCAGAGGCAAGGAUGGUCGCUGUUACUUUGUGAUGAGAUCGGGAUGAAUUGUUCGCUUUAAAAAUGCUGCUUUGGAUUCUGUUGCUGGAGACGUCUCUUUGUUUUGCCGCUGGAAACGUUACAGGGGACGUUUGCAAAGAGAAGAUCUGUUCCUGCAAUGAGAUAGAAGGGGACCUACACGUAGACUGUGAAAAAAAGGGCUUUACAAGUCUGCAGCGAUUCACCGCCCCGACUUCCCAGUUUUACCAUCUAUUUCUGCAUGGCAAUUCCCUCACUCGACUUUUCCCUAAUGAGUUUGCUAACUUUUAUAAUGCGGUUAGUUUGCACAUGGAAAACAAUGGCUUGCAUGAAAUCGUUCCUGGGGCUUUUCUGGGGCUGCAGUUGGUGAAAAGGUUGCAUAUCAACAACAACAAGAUCAAAUCUUUUCGAAAGCAGACUUUUCUGGGGCUGGACGAUCUGGAAUACCUUCAGGCUGAUUUCAAUUUAUUACGGGAUAUAGAUCCGGGGGCCUUCCAAGACUUAAACAAGCUGGAGGUACUCAUUUUAAACGACAAUCUCAUCAGUACCCUACCUGCAAACGUGUUCCAGUAUGUGCCCAUCACCCACCUCGACCUCCGGGGAAACAGGCUGAAAACGCUGCCCUAUGAGGAGGUCUUGGAGCAAAUCCCUGGCAUUGCCGAGAUCCUGCUAGAGGAUAACCCGUGGGACUGCACCUGUGAUCUGCUCUCCCUGAAAGAAUGGCUCGAAAACAUUCCCAAAAAUGCCCUGAUCGGCCGAGUGGUUUGCGAAGCCCCCACUAGACUGCAGGGUAAAGACCUCAAUGAAACCACUGAACAGGACUUGUGCCCUUUGAAAAACAGAGUGGAUUCUAGUCUUCCGGCGCCCCCUGCCCAAGAAGAGACCUUCGCUCCUGGCCCCCUGCCAACUCCUUUCAGGACAAAUGGGCAAGAGGAUCAUGCCACCCCAGGGUCUGCUCCAAACGGAGGUACAAAGAUCCCAGGCAACUGGCAGAUCAAAAUCAGACCCACGGCAGCGAUAGCGACCGGCAGUGCCCGAAAGAAACCCCCAGCCAAUGGCUUGCCCUGCCCUGGAGGCUGCAGCUGCGACCACAUCCCAGGGUCGGGUUUAAAGAUGAACUGCAACAACCGGAACGUGAGCAGCUUGGCUGAUUUGAAGCCCAAGCUCUCCAACGUGCAGGAGCUUUUCUUGCGAGAUAACAAAAUCCACAGCAUCCGAAAAUCACACUUUGUGGAUUACAAGAAUCUCAUUCUGUUGGAUCUGGGCAACAAUAACAUUGCCACUGUCGAGAACAAUACUUUUAAGAACCUUUUGGACCUCAGGUGGCUGUAUAUGGAUAGCAACUAUCUGGACACACUGUCCCGGGAGAAAUUCGCCGGGCUGCAAAACCUCGAGUACCUGAACGUGGAGUACAACGCGAUCCAGCUCAUCCUUCCAGGCACCUUCAAUGUCAUGCCUAAACUGAGGAUCCUCAUUCUCAACAACAACUUGCUGAGGUCCCUCCCCGUGGACGUGUUCGCUGGGGUCUCUCUGUCUAAGCUCAGCCUGCAUAAUAAUUACUUCAUGUACCUCCCGGUGGCAGGGGUGCUGGACCAAUUAACUUCCAUCAUCCAGAUAGACCUGCACGGAAACCCUUGGGAGUGCUCUUGCACCAUUGUGCCUUUCAAGCAAUGGGCAGAACGCCUAGGUUCCGAAGUGCUGAUGAGCGACCUCAAGUGUGAGACGCCAGUGAACUUCUUUAGGAAAGAUUUCAUGCUCCUCUCGAAUGACGAGAUCUGCCCCCAGCUGUACGCGAGGAUCUCGCCCACUUUAACUUCACACAAUAAAAACAGCACCGGGUUGGCGGAGACUGGGACGCACUCCAACUCUUACCUAGACACCAGCAGGGUGUCCAUCUCGGUGCUGGUCCCGGGACUGCUGCUGGUGUUUGUCACCUCCGCCUUCACUGUGGUGGGCAUGCUCGUGUUUAUCCUGAGGAAUCGCAAGCGGUCCAAGAGAAGAGACGCCAACUCUUCGGCGUCCGAAAUUAAUUCCCUACAGACAGUCUGUGACUCUUCCUACUGGCACAAUGGGCCUUACAACGCAGAUGGGGCACACAGAGUGUAUGACUGUGGCUCCCACUCGCUCUCAGACUGAGACCCCAGCCCCGGUAGAGCAGGGGAGGGGGAAGGCGAUACUCCCUCACCCCACACCCGGCCGGCGUCCUGAGGGUCAGAAUAGCCCAGAUCCAAGUCCGGUGAGCCCCAGGGCUUGAUGGACAGCAGCAAAUGAGUAACUGUGAACUCGCUCAGCUGAGAGGGUCUGAUUCCUUAGCUGCCUCUGGAAACAAAGGGCGGACUGUGGCUUGGAGGGUGCUGCCAAAUCGCUCUUUGCUGCGAGCCCCCUUUUGACAAAGCCCAGCAGGGGCCCUGCUCGAAGAACUGGCAGAGCGCUGGCCCUCAGCGGAGGCACUGUUGGGGAGGACUGUCGUGAUCCUAUCCAUAUAUCCAUAUACUCACAUCUAUAUAGAGAGAUAGAUAUCUAUUUUUCCCCUGUGGAUUAGCCCCGCGAGGAGUGGGGCGUGAUAGUUCCCUGUUGGCUACGCAGGGAUGGGCAGUUGCACGAAGGCAUGAAUGUAUUGUAAAUAAGUAACUUUGACUUCUGAGAAAAACAAAAAGUGCUGCAUGGCUCGCAUGGAUUCCACGCUCUCCAGGGACGCUGCCCUCCCCCGCGACUGGAGAGAGCGUCAUGUUCACAGCACCCGCCCUCUUACCUGAUAAGUCCCAUCGUAUCAAACUUUCUAUAAACAAAAUACAGUAUAAUCAGAAGUGCCAUUUCGCCAUUAUUUGUGAUCGGUAGGCAGUUCAGAGAGUACGUUUACUGUGAAAAAAAAAAUGUUAAGGUUUUAUUUAAGACAUUUGCAUGACUAAUCAUCAGUCCGUUUUAUGAGUUAAAACUGUAUUUUGUUGAGACGUUUCUAUGGGUUGUUUUGGGUUCGUCCUUUUAUUUUGAUGGUGGUUUGUUUUGUUUUUGUUUUUGUUUUGGCGGGGGGAUAUUUUUCUAUACAUUUCCAAUAAGGCCUUCCAUCUGAAUGUAAAAUAAGUACCCAUGAUUUCUAUUAUAGUAUCGGUGUAAUUAUUUAAAAGAAGAAAAGAUUUGAGGCAGUUAAGCAUGACCAAUUAAUGUCACUCUAGUGCUUAGGCUGCGAUCCUAUGGUAGCAAUUCUGUGCUGGUGUAAAUCUUACUUAAAAAGUAGGAAAAAAAGAACCAAGGAAGCACGUGAAACUUACUAAUUCUAUUCAAGGAUUUUAUAAUGGCAUAUUUUUUCAGUAUUAAAGUGAAAAUGUUUUCAACUCUGGGUCUUUACAUUUUUCCAGCUUCACAUUUGCAACUGCUAAAUUGGAUUUGCGGUGGAAGGGACGGGAGAGGGGGUGGGCGGCGGGGGGUGGGUCCCUUCAAGAGCUACUUUAAGGCUCUUCCUCUAAUCCUAUUGCUUAGCUUUUUACCUUUUACGUAGCUCCCCUCCCCCUCCAUCCCUGCCCGGACUUUUCCAGCUUUCCUUGUGGAUUAAGUAAUGUCUACAGCGCCCUCCCCCCGCCCCUUUCCUUAUGCAGCACCGAAACCCUUUAUUAAUACUGGAAAUCCCUCCUGCUGCUGCUGCUGCCGCCGCCGCUGCUGCUGCUGCACACACUGCAGAUAUACUAAGGAUGUUAGUAAAGAUUUGAUUUAAUUGACUGCCUAGAUCGGUCUCAUUAAGCAGAGUGGAGAUUUCAUUGGUCAGCAUUCUUCAAUGAAAGGCAGCCUUAAUGACUGGCAUUUGAGACGCUGCUGGCGUUUUGAAUUCAACAUCUGCUAAAAACGGUAAAACUAAUUAAUGCCCACUCACCCUCCCCGCCCCAGCAACUGCAUAUUGAAAUUUGUUAAAACACUCAUCUUUAUGGAAAUUAAUCAUUAUCUCAAAGAAGUGUUUCUAUUCCAUAAUUCGGAUUUCUGGUUGUGACCCAAUAAUUAACAAGAAAAAGCACUGAACUAUUUUAAUUUUAUGAGUCAAUGUAACUCUGGCCUCAAUUUAUAUUCCUCUGGGAUUUCUAAGCAGUCUAUUUUAUUAGCAGUUAAGGGACAAAAAAACAAACAAAACUACACAUAUUGAUGGGUUCUGCAUUCCACCACAUAUCCACCAUUGAGAAGUGUUAAAAGACUUCAGACCACAGAUUAGGAAAAAAUAAAUUAGAGGAUUGUAAAUGAGUUAAUGAAAGCCCCAGAGCAGCUGUAAGAAGAUUUGCCUUCUAGAACUCAUAUUCUAGAGAAGUAAUUUCCCAGAACAGUGAUACAGUGAUGUUCUGGAGUAUGUAUUAUUUAUUUUAAAGCUUUUUAAAUAAAAUCUUUAUUAUAAACCAUGA